GCUAAAAAUGUGCAUUUAAAUUAAUUGUUUUAGAGUUCGGUCUUAAAAAAUUGUAGUUUUAUAAUAAUAUCGGGCAUUUUCGUAAACUUCUUUAUUAUAUUGUAACUUCGUAGCAAACAAAUAAGACUUUGCAAGUAUGUGGAAAGCAAGCGCUGGUCACCAAAUACAGGCAGCAAGCAAUGCCGAAGAUGAUGACUGGGAAACGGAUCCAGAUUUUGUUAACGAUGUCGAUGAACAGGAGCAGCGUUGGGGCUCAAAGACAAUUGGUGGACGUGACGGAGGUGGCGCCAUUGACAUGAGUAAGUUGCGUGAAGAGACUGAAAAAGCUGAUCAUGACAUAAAGAAGCAACUGCUGAAAGAUCAAAAUGCCGGCUAUGGCUAUGGUGGUAAAUUCGGUGUAGAGAAGGAUCGUAUGGACAAGUCGGCAAUGGGUCAUGACUAUCAGGGCAAAGUGGAAAAGCAUGCAUCGCAGAAGGAUUACAGCGAAGGUUUUGGUGGCAAGUUUGGCGUGCAAACGAAUCGAGUUGACAAAUCUGCUGUGGGCUGGGAUCACAUUGAGAAGGUGGAAAAACAUGAAUCCCAAAAAGACUACUCUAAAGGCUUUGGCGGAAAGUUUGGUGUGCAGGAGGACCGCAAGGAUAAAUCGGCAGUAGGCUGGGAUCACAUUGAAAAAGUGGAAAAGCACGAGUCACAGAAGGAUUACUCCAAGGGCUUUGGUGGCAAGUUCGGAGUACAGGAAGAUCGUAAGGAUAAAUCUGCUGUUGGCUGGGACCACAAGGAAGCACCGCAAAAGCACGCUAGCCAGGCUGAUCAUAAAGCGAAGCCUAUUAUUGAAGGCGCUAAGCCUUCCAAUUUGCGUGCUAAAUUCGAGAACUUGGCAAAGAACUCAGAGGAGGAGUCACGCAAACGUGCCGAGGAACAGAAACGUUUGCGAGAGGCCAAAGACAAACGCGAUCGUGAAGAAGCAGCCAAGCAAACAAUUGUGGAGAAUACCCCGUUGCCAGCUGCUGAGGAAGCCCGUGCGCCGCCUGUUAAAGGCAGCCGCACGGCAAUCCAAACAGGACGCUCUGGUGGUAUUGGUAAUGCCAUCAGUGCUUUUAAUCAGAUGCAGUCACCUGUUGCCGAGGCGCCACCAGUGCGCAAGGAUCCAAUUGUCAUACCUAAGGAGCCAGCGCAUGUGGAACCAACCAAACCCGCUGUGGUUGAGCCAGUUGUGCCAAUAGUUGAGGUUGCACCAACGCAGCCUAAAGUAAGCGCUCCGCCACCGGAUGUCGUGCCGCAGAUUGAGGUGGAAACCGUUGCUACGCCACCGAGAAGUGAACCAACAUCGCCUGUGCACGUACCAGUUGCUGAGCCUGUACCCGAGCCCGUACCUGUACCCGAGCCGGAGCCGGAGCCACAACAAGCAGAGCCACAAGCUGAGCCGUUGUAUCAAAACCAAGCAGAGGUCAAGUCAAGCUCACCAAUGCCAGCAGCAGCUUCGCCAGUUCCAGCUGCUAACGGCUCAAGUGCUGCACCUGGCACUGAAGAAGCCAUUUAUGCCAACUCGGAUAAUUUGGCAGACUAUUUGGAGGACACAGGCUUACAUGCUAUUGCAUUGUACGACUAUCAAGCAGCUGAUGAAGAUGAGAUAUCCUUUGAUCCCGAUGAUGUGGUUACCCACAUUGAGAAAAUCGAUGAUGGCUGGUGGCGUGGACUGUGCAAGAAUCGUUACGGCCUCUUUCCUGCCAACUACGUACAAGUCGUCAGUCAGUCCUAAACUACCCAUUCCUCAUAAUGCCAUCAACAACCAUCAAAUGCUUCCGAUUAGAACAAACAUCUAAUACUUAUUCACAAAUUAAUGCAUAUACUAUAUGUAGACUCAUGCUCACUACUGUUUUCGACAGACAACGAAAAUAUGUUCAUGUUUAAAUUGAUAUACAUACAUAAAAUAAUCAAAUAUUUAGUUA